UGGCAUGAUGAUUCACACCUACUGCGAAGCCAAUUCCUCCAUCUCCCUCACCUGGGUGGAUGAAGGCAUCUCCCCCUGCUUCUACUUCACACUGGUCCCCGCCAUCCUGCUAACUAUCGCCUUCUUCCUCGGCACCAUCCACUGCGUGUGCUACCAGAAAUAUGGCACAGCAAUGGAACCCAAGUUCGUCCCACGCUCCCUCCUCUUCAGUUUCCAGCUGGCCAUCUCCGUCCUUCUCCUGGUCCAGUUUCUGAGUGGGUUGGUCUGGCGGGCUGCCAGCGGAGCAGAGCUCCCAGGCUAUGUGCUGUUGUAUGGCUGCUUCUCUGCGCUGGGCUGGGCCUGGGCUAUAGCCCUGCUCAGGGUGGAGAGACAUAGGGUCCUGGUGAUGGACCGGACAAGGGGCCACAGCACGGCCCUGCUGCUGUUCUGGGCUGUGGCUUUCUCAGCCGAGAACCUGGCCUUCAUCUCCUGGUACAGUCCUCACUGGUGGUGGGGCCUGGAGAACACUCAACAACAGGUGCAGUUUGCCCUGUGGCUGAUGCGCUACAUUGGCACCGGGCUGCUCUUCUUCAUUGGUCUCAGAGCUCCAGGGCUGCCACGCAGACCAUACAUGCUACUGAUAAACGAAGAUGAGCGGGACAUAGAGAGCAGCGGACAGAGUCUUUUGGGCAGAACAGAAGAAAACCAGUCCACCUGGCAGGGUUUCAAGAAGAAAGUCCGCAUGCUUGUUCCCUACAUGUGGCCCCAGGGCAACAUCUUGCUACAGCUACUGGUCCUCUUCUGUUUGGGGCUGAUUGGGAUUGAGAGAGCUAUCAAUGUCUUUGUCCCCAUUUACUACAAAAAUAUUGUGAAUGAACUGACUGAUGGCAGCAGCUGGCACACUCUGUCUAUGACAGUGUGUGUUUAUGUCCUGCUCAAGUUCAUGCAAGGCGGCGGGGCAGGUGCCUCGGGAUUUGUCAGCAACAUGCGCUCUUUCCUGUGGAUCAAGGUGCAGCAGUACACCAACCGCUUGGUUCAAGUGCAGCUGUUUUCCCACUUGCACUCCCUCUCCCUGCGCUGGCAUCUGAGCCGCAAAACCGGUGAUGUGCUGAGAAGCAUGGACCGCGGCACCUCCUCCAUUAACAGCCUGCUCAGCUACAUAGUGUUCAGCAUCUUACCAACCAUCGCUGAUAUUGUCAUUUCUAUCAUCUACUUCAUCACUUAUUUCAAUGCCUGGUUCGGCCUUAUUGUCUUCAUCUGCAUGACCUUGUACCUCACUGUGACCAUCAUCAUCACUGAAUGGAGAACCAAGUACAGGCGAGACAUGAAUCAGCAGGACAACAAUGCCAUGUCCAAGGCUGUGGACUCCUUGUUAAACUUUGAGACGGUCAAAUACUACAAUGCAGAAAACUAUGAGGUCAGCCGUUACGAGGGUGCCAUCUUAAAAUAUCAGGUGUCUGAGUGGAAGACCCAGGCGUCCCUGGCCUUGCUCAACCAAACGCAGAACCUCAUCAUCGGAUCAGGCCUGCUGGCCGGUUCCCUACUCUGUGCCUACUUUGUGACUGAAGGAAAGUUUAUGGUUGGAGAUUUUGUUCUCUUUGGUACCUACAUCAUCCAGUUGUACACCCCCCUCAACUGGUUUGGAACCUACUACAGAAUGAUCCAGAAAUCUUUCAUUGACAUGGAAAGCAUGUUCAAACUUUUUGAAGAAGAGCAAGAGGUGAAAGAUGAAGUAAAUGCUGGGAAUUUCCUCUACAAACAGGGAAAAGUGGAGUUUGAGAAUGUUUACUUCAGCUAUGCAAAUGGGAAGGAGAUUCUCCGGGAUGUUUCCUUCACUGUACUUCCAGGACAGACAGUUGCCCUGGUGGGACCAUCGGGCGCCGGGAAGAGCACCAUCAUUCGACUCCUCUUCCGUUUCUAUGACGUUCAGGGAGGCAGCAUCAGCAUUGAUGGCCAGGAUAUAUCAAAAGUAAAGCAGGAAUCUCUGCGAGCUCAUGUCGGCGUGGUUCCCCAGGAUACUGUGCUUUUCAACGACACCAUCCGGGAUAACAUUCGCUACGGCCGCAUCUCUGCUACUGACCAGGAGGUGGAGGAGGCUGCUGUAGCUGCUGAUAUCCAUGAUAAAAUCAUGACCUUCCCUGAAGGUUACGAUACGCAGGUGGGUGAAAGAGGUCUGAAGCUGAGUGGAGGAGAGAAGCAAAGGGUGGCUAUUGCCAGAACUAUCCUCAAAGCACCACAGAUCAUCCUGCUGGAUGAGGCCACAUCUGCACUAGACACACAGACAGAACGCAACAUCCAGGCCUCACUGGCUAAAAUCUGUGCCAAUCGUACAACAGUUGUUGUUGCUCACAGGUUGUCCACCAUAAUCGGAGCAGACCAGAUUCUGGUUAUAAGUAAUGGCCGGAUUGCUGAACAAGGACAACAUGAUGAAUUGCUGCUCAAGGGAGGCUUGUAUGCAGAUAUGUGGAUGAACCAACAGCAGAUCCAGGAUUCUGAUUCCUCCUCAGAAACAGAAGCCAAAGACUGCAAGUCUGAGAAACUGCAGCCACCAUCAACCUCUUCAGGGUACCAUGGCCACUGAAUGUAUUUUUUUGUUUGUUUUUUCUAAAAAAAAGAACUCUACAUUUUGAUUCCCCUCCUAAUUGUAAAAAGUUGAUGGAUGAUUUUAACAUGAUACAACACUCAGCAAGAUGAAAAUGUUAUUUAUUUUUAGAAUUGUUGACACAUUAUUUAAAGAUACAGAAGGAAGAGUUGCAAGAAAUCAGGUUAUAAAAAGCACUUAUCACCUCAGAACUGCAUCUUGUUGAAUUGAGGGGCUAAUGAUUGUGUUUCCUGCUGAAUAGUAUAUAAAUGACACUGGGUUUGUAUACACGUUGUCAGAGAUUAUAGUCAUCUUUAUUUUAUUUUUUACAUUGUGAGCUCUGCUGUUAUUAGUUAUUUUUAUUAAGUGUAAGUUGUUGUUUUUUAAAUGUGUAAGACUGUAUACUUUUGAUUGUUAAGAUAAACCGGAGUGUGUUUGCUCAUCUGAUUAUUGUGUCUUCUAAAUUGUUAAGGAUUAAUGAAUACUUAAGGCAAAAGAUUUUUAGAUUGGCUGAUGUACACAUAAAGUUGCAAAAUCCAUGUCUGCCUGUUGUUGGCAGUUAAAGACAAUAUACCUUUCUCAUGGCAGACAUUUUGACUUGCUACCUGAAUAUAUUGGAACCAGGUUAUCAGUUAGAUAUGUGCUUUUGCUGCAUUAACAAGUCUGCCUUGAAAAAGAUAUGCCAUCAAAUUCAAUGGAACAUGCAGAAUUCAUACCCACCAUUAUCAUAAUAAUAUAUAAAUAUAUACAGUCAUACACAAUUUCUGAAGAGGAAUUUUUUUUUUUUUUUACAAUCACAAAAGGUACUGUUGAUGAUUAUUACCUGUUGUAAAUAUUUAGUUUCAUCUUGGACUAAAAUAAAAUACUUUUGUUCCAAUCUGUAAAAUCAAUUUUCAGAUUUAAAAUAUAUCCUUAUUCCUUUUAUUUGAUUUUAAAACACUACAGUUUUUUUUAGCUAAUUACCAGAGAAAAGAAGCAAAUUUGGAGUAUGAAUUUCUUAAGGUGACAUAAAACACCCUGUUAACGCUGCAAAUUUGAAUUUAAUUGUUUUGAUUAAAAUGAUUGCUAAGGACAA